AUGGUCCAUCUCUUAUUGUCCGUAAAGGCCGACCUCGAGAAUGUCACCGAUCUAGUAAAAUGCACAAGCUGCAACGAAGUGCACCCGAAGAUGGUAUCCGAGGAACGCGAAGUAACAUCCGGCAAGGGCAGCGUUGCGCAUUUCGUCUGGCGAUGUGGACUCUGCAAACGAGACGGACGCCAAUGGCCAGUUCGCGCCUUUCUGACCAUUGAUUGUCGCGGCUUGGAGUUCGUCGGAUUUGAUCCCAGGGGAACGUGGCGAUGCGUAGGGGCAGAAUCCGCUACUGUCUUUGACGAAGUGGACCUGGAUGAAGGCGAGUGGGUCGAUUACGAUGAGAAGGCCGCGCUACCAGUUGGCAUCUCCAAUAUAGAGAGCAAGUGGACGAGAGCGUGA